CAACUUUGGAAAGGCCCGUUUCCAUGAGCUACAGAUUCGGUCGGCCGAUGAGCCUGCGACUUUGUUUUUCUGUUGCAUGAAUGAUAAGUGCUCAAAGAUGUGGCGUGAGAAUUAGCUACUUUUUCAUGCAUUUCUGAAUACAGAAAGUGAUAAUUCGAGAAAAAUGCAGCUGAUUGUUCAGACUAGGAGCAAGAGCCGAGAGAAAUAUGAUGUGUUCAUUAGUUUUAGAGGUGCUGAUAUCCGAGAUGGUUUUCUCAGCCAUCUCCAUAAAGCGUUGGUUGAUGAAGGAAUCGAUGCUUUUGUUGAUGAAAACCUUGAAAGAGGAGAAGAUGUCACAACUUCCCUUUGGAAAACUAUUGAGCAAUCCUAUAUUUCUAUAGUGAUUUUCUCGGAAAAUUAUGCAUUUUCUCCUUGGUGUUUGGAUGAGCUGGUGAAAAUUCUCCAUUGCAAGAAGACUAUGGGACAUAUAGUCAUACCGAUUUUUUAUAAAAUAGAUCCCACCCAUGUUCAAGAGCUGAGUGGGAGUUACGCUGUUGCAAUUGCUAAGCAUAAAGAGGAUUUCAAGGACUCGUUGGACAAGGUGGAGAACUGGUGCCGUGUUUUGAAAGAAACAUCAGGAAUGUCAGGGUUGGUUUCUCAAGAUGUUAAGCAUGACUCAAAUCUUAUAGAAGAAAUUGGGAAACACAUAAUAAAGAACUUGGAAAGUAUGUAUCCACUUGAUUCUUGUAUGGAUGAGUUAGUUGGAAUGGACUCACGGGUAAGUAAAGUUGAGUCAUUAUUAUGUCUCGAGUCAUUAGACGUGCGAGUCGUAGGAAUUUGGGGAAUGGGUGGUAUUGGAAAGACCACAAUUGCUAACGUUGUGUUUGAUAAAAUUCGUCAUCAAUUUCCUAAUCAAUGCUUCAUAGAAAGGGUCAAGGAAAAGUUAGAAAGUUGCACACCUGAUCAUUUACAAAGUGAGAUUCUUUCAAAAUUAUUGGAGACAAAAAGUUCAAAUACAACUGCCCCCAUUUUGUUAUCACCUUUUAAUAAAAAAAGGCUCUCACGAAAAAAGGUUCUUCUUAUUCUUGAUGACGUGAGUGAUUUAGUUCAAAUAGAGCGUCUAAUUAGACAAGUUGAUUAUGGUCCAUGCAGUAGAAUUAUUAUGACAAGCAGAGACAAACAACUACUGAAGAAUUGCGGUGCAGAAAUAUAUACAGUUGAGGAAUUAUAUGAGACGGAAGCUCUUCAGCUCUUUUGCUUGCAUGCCUUUAGGAAAAGUACUCCAGAAGUAGGAUAUGAAAUGCCUGCAGAAAGGGCCGUGGAAUACAGUCAGGGCCUUCCAUUAGCUCUGAAGGUUUUGGGUUCCAACUUAUAUGGCAAAAGUAAGGAAGAGUGGGAGGAUGAAUUGCAGCAACUACAAGAUACAUCAGAUGAUAAAAUUCAAAAAAUACUGCAAAUUAGCUAUGAUGGGCUAUCUUCGAAGGACAAAGAAAAUUUUCUAGAUAUUGUUUUUCUUUUUAAAUGGAAACUAAAUAGAAAUAUGGUUGAAAUUAUGCUUGGCAUUCCUGGCUCAAAAAUUGGAAUUAGCCGUCUCAUUGACAAGUCUCUCAUGCAUAUUUCAUCAACUAACGAGUUAGGUAUGCAUGACUUGAUAAGACAAAUGGGCAAGGAUAUUAUUUGCAGCAAAAACCAACUUGGCAAACAUCGCAGGCUGUCGCAUCCCAAGGAAAUAUGUCAUGCAGUGACACAGAAUAAGAGGACUAAAACAAUUAGAGGUAUAUCACUAGACAUGUUCAUAACUAAAGACGUGCAGUGCAGUCCUAAAGCAUUUGAGAAAAUGGAGAAUCUUAGAUAUCUCAUAUUUCAUCAUGGAGAUGCAGCUGGAAAAAACAUAAUUCAUAUUUCUGAACGCCUUAAAUCUUUGUCCGAUGAGUUAAGGUUUCUGCACUGGAAAGGAUGCCCUUUGGAGUCACUGCCAUUUAAUUUUAGUGCAGAGAAACUUGUUAUACUUGACAUGGUUGGCAGCAAACUUAAAACACUAUGGACAGGAGUUCAGGAUCUUAAAAGUUUGAAAUGGAUUGAUCUCAAAAAUUCAAAGGACCUAGUUGAAAUUCCAGACUUGUCUAAAGCUGUAAACCUUGAAGUUUUGAUCUUACAGGGCUGUAGUAGUUUGGUUGAGAUUCCUUCAUCUAUUAAAUAUUUGAGCAAGCUGGUUGAUUUGGAUUUAUCCAAUUGUACACAUCUUUGCAGCUUACCAAGUUGUCUUCAUUUGGAAAGUCUUAAGAAACUUGAUCUCAGCUUUUGCUCAGAAAUCAACCUGUUACCAGACAUUGCCUGUUACGAAUGGCAUGGUGGAUCAGAACGCCCCCCCAUAUCCUAUCAACUUUCUUCGUUGAAUUUGCGUGCGUGCUAUAAGCUAGAGAGUCUUCCAGACAGCAUUUGCAAUCUAAAAUGUCUUACAAUAUUAUCCAUUAAGAAUUGUGUAAACCUGCAUCGACUGCCCGAGAACUUGGGGAAUUUAGAGUCUCUAGAGACCCUUAAAGCCGCUGGAAGUGGUUUGAGAGAUUUACCAGAAAGCGUUUGCCAUCUCAAGUCUAUACAAUGGCUACAGUUCUCUGCUUGUAAAAGUCUAGUAAGAUUGCCGGUCAAUUUGCUAAAUUUAGAGUCUCUACGGGGAUUGGAAGUAAAAAAUUGCACAUCAUUGAAAUUAUUAUUCCAGCCUGCGAAGGAACAACACAAGCAUACCAAGUUUGAAUUUGAAAAUUGCGUGAAUUUGGAAGAGGAGGAGCGUAAUAAAAUGAUGAACAUCGUAUUUGAAAGACCUUGGCUUAGCCACCUAUAUUUGUCCAUCUCAAAUCUGCAUCAGUUAUGUAUCCCCGGAAGUGAAGUAGAGCAGAGGAUGAAGUACAAAAAUAAGAACGGCUCUUCAAUGUCUUUUCAAUUUACGCAAUUCGAGCGGUUAUUGGACAUUAGAGGGCUAUAUUUUUGUGCUGUUUUUGACCCCAAUCUGAUAAAUCUUCCAUUGACAAUAAUUGAUAUUGGAUGUACAGUUACUCUCAUUGGUGAACAUAGAAGCUUGUGUGCUAGACGAGUCUACGAACGCUCCUAUUUUCCAAAUCUUCAAUCAAAACACGUUUUUCUUUGGCGUGAUGAUUUUAGGCUGCCAUAUAACCCUCCUCUCGGUCAUAUAGACUUCGUAUUCUACCUUUUAGUUAGUUCUAAGGAACCACGAUGUGAUUAUCCGAUAAUCGAGUGUGGGGUGCAUCCAGUAUUUUAUGACGAGUUCAUUUAUGCAUCAACAGAUAGUGACAGUGGUAGUGAUGAUGAUGAUGAUGAUGGUGAUGAUUGACUGAUUGAUUGUUGAGUUAUCUGAUGAUCAUGACUUGAUAAAUAAUUGGAAGAUACAGAAAUAGUCCAUCUUAGACUCGUCUAUUUUUACAUCAACGAGAGGCUAUUAUAGCAAUUAAGACCACAAUUUACUUGUGCAACUAAUCUUUUAAAUAUUAGUGUAAAUGAAACAUUUUUAUUGCUGCA